AUGGAUGCAGGCACCCCCAUUCAAGAUGACUUGUUAUUGAUUAUGCAGUCAUAUGUCGACGUGCUACCACAACCGCCCCCUCCGGUAAAGGGAGAGCAACAACAAUCUCCAACAAAGCCUGUUGCUGAACACGAGGAUUCCGACGAAGACGAGGUUGAGCUGGCCAUUCAAUUGGAGCCCAGUGAAGAAGAUGAAGGUGCUGGGAGCUCCAAGGGAAUACAGAAUGACAACGCAGUGUCAUCUAUGGUGGCCAGGGUUGACCGAGACGACUCUGAUUCGGACUCUGAUUCAUCGGACUCGUCUUCAGAUGUGGAGAUGAGGGUCACGAAAUACCCCGCGAAAAAACAAUCCACUUUACAACAAGUACCAGGUGAUUCGGAUGCCGAAGACGAUGAAGACGGACCUUCCGGUUCGAUUGCUCAGUACGCCGGGACCAAGAACGAGGUUUUAUUGCCCGAAGUAAAAACUCCGGAACUCACUGUUGUGCCGCCGGAGGACAUCCUGGAAUUAAUAGGUGAAGUCAUGACCAUUAUUGAUAGCGUAGUGGUUGUCAAAGGGUAUGCUUCGGGAGUUGACCGUGUCCUGGACACGGACAGCCUACUAGCCUUUGAGGACCGCAACGUUUUUGGCGUGGUUUUUGAGACGUUUGGGGCUGUGAAACAACCGCUUUACAGUGUCCGGUUUCCCUCCGCCUCGGCGAUUAGUAAGAACAUAGUCUGGGUUGGGAAACAGGUGUUCCACGUUCCGGCGCGAUCGAAUUUUGUGUUCACUCGUGAGAUCGCACGUAUCAAGGGCAGCGACGCUAGUAAUCUGCACGAUGAGGAAGUUGGCGAGGACCAACUAGACUUUUCAGACGAUGAGGCCGAGGCCCAGUGGCGUCGCAACAGGAAAGAGGCAAAACGUGGCCAAGCUACAUCCAGUGGCUCAACGGGCAAUGCUGUGCAUGAUACCACUCCGAAACCACCAAAGCCCCAACUUCCCGGUUUGCUGCCAUACCCGGCGGCAGAUGAUGGGGAUGUUCCAUAUUCAGCACUCCCAUACGACGAUGUGCCGGAUCCUCGACCCGCUCCGGCCGCGUAUGAUCCUUACUUUGAGCAUGAGGGGGAAAUACCACCGAUGUCCACCGGUUCAUUUGCCCAAGUGAAAACUGAGAGUGAGCCCGGUGGAUCCCGUGGAAGAGGAAGAGCAAGAGAUCAGGGGCGUCGAAGAGGUAGUCCCAACCAGAAUCGGAAUGAGCGUCGACCUGAUGACCAAGGCCGGCCCAAACGAGGUCGAGGGGGGAGAGGUCGAGGUCGAGGUGACCGUCGCCAGGGCCGUGGUGGCGGUGGUAAUUUUUCCAAUCAAUACUCAAGAGAGUACUAUCCUGACCCGUCAUCCAUGAUGUAUGCGAUGGCAAACUCAGCGGAGCAGUACCCGUCUGCAACCCAUGAUGAAGGCUACAAUCCCGUCAAUGGGAGCAAUGGAUAUUGGGAUCCUAGCGCAAUGCCACAUAUCAAUCCUCGUUUCUUUUCUGGGGAGAUGGGCGCAGAUGCUAAUGGGGGCUUUGGAAUGCAGUGGCCUAACAAUCAAGGCUAUGAUUAUGGGUAUCAACAACCUGGAUACGGGUAUGGCGGGCACGAUCUCGGGAACCAGAGUUAUGGGCAACCUCCCUUCUGGACACAGGGUGAACAUUCAUACCCCCCAGGAAAUUCUUCACACAAGCAAUAA